UUUGAAUUUACGCUGAGAACUCUCAGGCAAGCAUGUUUUGUUUUGACUUUUGCAGAAGAAAGUAUUGAUUUAUUUUCAUUUUUGUAUCAAACAUGUUUUGCAGGAAGCUAUUAGCUGCAAAAUCUUUGUCAUUGCAAUAUGUUUCAAACAUGGAAAGACUAUUCCCUUUGACAUACUCUAAGAGAUUUUCUAAUGCGAAAUAUAGAAAAAGGAAAAAUUAUGCUGUAAACCACAUUAAAAACGAAUUAACUGUUAAACCAGCUUUUGUUGAUUUGAGUUUAAACUCUCCUGUCUCGAAUGAAACAGAAAGCGAACAAGCUUCACAUUUUGAGACUAUUUCAGAGCUUAACAAGAAAAUAUCUGAAUUAACAAAGGAUCUGAAUGUGAUAAGACAAGAGACAGAUGCUGAUAAAAUUGGAAGUGAAGAAAUCGCAAAAGGAUUGUCCAAGAAAAAGUCCUUGUCGGGAACACCAGAUAAGUCCAUAGAAAUGAGUAGUGUUCAAUGUGGGGGGUGUGGUGCCUUGCUCCACUGUCAGGAUGUGACGAUACCAGGAUAUUUGCCGAGCGAGGUGUUCAAAAAUUUAACAAUGGAAGAAUUGAAAGAAUCCAAAUGUCAGAAAUGUCACAAAAUGCAACAUCAAGGUAUGGUGUUUGACAUUAGAGCAAGUGAUGAGAAGGUUUAUGAAAUAAUGAGAAAGAUCAGUUCUGAAAGGUGUUUGGUAUUGUUAGUGAUUGAUUUGUUCGAUAUUGAAAACAGCAUUCCAGACAUUUUCUCACAGAUGUUAACCGAAAGGACAACCAUUCAUGUGAUAGGAAACAAAGUUGAUAUAAUUCCUCAGGAUCAGCCUAAUUAUUUAGAAGCUGUAGAGGAGACGCUCAUAACUGCCUGCAAGAAACGAGGUCUCAAUAGACAUAAUGUGAAAGAGGUUUCUUUGAUCAGUGCUAAGACUGGAUAUGGAGUAGAAAAAUUAAUAUCAUCACUUCUUGCGAAUUGGGGUAUGAGAGGCAAUGUGUACAUGAUUGGCACUGCCAACAGUGGGAAGUCGACUCUGUACAACAGUUUGCUUCAUUCCGACUACUGUUACUAUAAAGUCCGAGACGUCAUCCCCAAAGCCUCUGUAUCUGUCUGGCCAGGAACAACCAUCAACAUUCUGAAGUUUCCCAUCAUGAAUUCUAAAACAAACUGGUUGAUGAAAAUGAGACAAAAAAGACUCAUGGAAACUCAGGCAAAAGAGAUUUUACGACACAAGAAGAUGAAAGAGGAAAUCAAGAAACAAAAGAAAUUAGUUGCAUCCUCAGUUAUAACCACUUUACAUGGAAAAGUAGAGAAAACAGAUUUUACAAAUGAUGCAGAGAAAAGGGCUCUGUAUUCGGGAUUUGACCUUGUGGCGUAUGAAUACAAAGGGGACCAAGUACGAAGCAAUGAUGGGAAAGAGUUCAUCAUGGAAACUCCGGAGAAGUAUGACGAGACAGAUUUUACAGAUUCCAGAUUCCUGUGUGAUACACCUGGUCUUUUGUGUGACAAUCAGGUCCACACAGAGCUGACACCUGAGGAACUGAAGCUCAUCAUCCCUACGCGUAAGAUUGUCCCCCAUUGUUACUUACUAAAACCUGACCAUACAGUGUUCAUCACCGGACUAGGGAGGAUUGACUUUGUAGAGGGAAACCAGGAUGUCAUGUUGGUGAUUUUCAUCAGUUCUAAGCUUCCUGUGUUUGUGCUGCCUAGUCAUGAAGCAGAAGAGUUCUACCACAACAACAUUGGGACAAAUAUACUGGGGGUUCCUCUUGGUGAUGAAUCAAGGCUAACAAAGCUUCCACCACUGAAGAGUGAAGAUAUUCGGAUCCACCUCCAGGACCACCCUCAGAAAUUGGCUGCCCUUGACCUACAGCUCUCCUCUUUAGGCUGGGUGUCAGUGAUUGGAAUGGCUCGGGGAUUUGAGAUAGACAUAGACGUGACACUGAGAGUUUACACCUCAGGGGCUCUUGGGACUUAUCAGAGACCCCCGACGUUGAGGGAGGCUCAAGCUUUCCAUAGAAAAAGGAUGGGGAAUUCAUUCAAAUACAGAAGGAACAAAUCUAAACUGCUGCUUUCAAAGGGAGAACGAUUAUGAUGUGAUGUGUGUUACUAAAUAUGAAUAUGAUAGAUGGAGCAUAUUUCAUAUAAAUGAAAUUUGUUUUUUAGCUCUACAGGUCAGAACCAAAAGAACUAAUGGGAUAGUAAGAUAUCCGUUGUCCGUUCAUCCGUCUAGCUAUCUGUCUUCUUUUAAUCUGUUUGUCUGCAAACAAUUUUUGAAAAUGCUGCUCCUGCUACAGUUUUUGUAUGAUUUGAAUAAAAUGUUACACACAAAUAGAUACACGAUUAAAGGAACAUGCAUGUAAUUCUGUGUAUCGAUUUUUGAUUUCAAUGGAUGGUGCUGUCGUGGUUACUAAAAAUUCAAAUUUCGAUGAAAUACUUUGAAAAUGCUACACCUCUUUCAGUUUUGGUCUGAUUUUAAUAUAAUGCUACAUGCAAGUAGAGAGCAGGAAAGCUGAAACUUAGGUGAAAGAAUCAGCGGGUUGUGUAGAUUCUAAAUCGUUCAAUCAUGACCCCAGGAGUUAGGGCAGGGCCACAAUAAGGAGUCCGAUUUUACAUGGAAACAUGUAGGAAAAAAGAAUCCCGAGGUUGUGUAGAUGAUAAAUUGUUCAAUCGAUAAAUCGUGACCCCUGGGGUAAGGCGAGGCCACAAUAGGGAAUCAAAGUUUUAUAUUGAAUUAUAUAUGAAAAAAUUCAAAUUCUUUUCAAGAACCACCGGGAAAGAAAAGCUGAAACUUAUGUGGAAGCAUCCUGAGAUAGUGUGUAUUCUACAUUUUCCACAUUAUGACCCCAGGGGAAGGGUGGGAUCACAAUAGGUAUUACAAGGCGGAAACCUGGUAAAUAACAGCAUGCUCAGUUUUACUCAGGUGAGAGAUGUGGCCCAUGUUUCUCUUGUUUCUUCCUUUGUUAUAAGUACAAACCAGUAGAGCUACAGCGUCGACAAAGAUUUCUACUACUGAUUUAAAUGAU